AUCACAUCACCUCACCCAGCAACCAACGCCAAGAUCGACGACUGCUUGCUCCCCCCCAUCAAUUAAUUGCCCGCCAAACACCAUCCACCUUCAACACAUCAACCCAACCCCAUCCCCAACCACCGUUCAUCCAUCGACACUUCCAUCUCACAUACACCAAGCUCUCCAUCCCGAUCACCCCGCUUUGAACCGAAAGCAGCAACAACACUAGCAUAAACCAUGGCUGACGCAGCCGUCGCGAAACGCCCGUCCACGCUGACCUUCACCGACCCUACCUACUCCUCCGCCCUCGACAUAGACAGCUUUGACAGCGAUGACAACGACUACGCAAAGCUCAAGAAGCUGCAGCGGCAUCUUGAGUACAUAAGUCUGCAGGAGGAGUACAUCAAGGAUGAGCAGCGGAGUUUGAAACGGGAGCUUGUGCGUGCACAGGAGGAGAUAAAACGGAUCCAAAGUGUGCCAUUAGUUAUUGGGCAGUUCAUGGAGGCGAUCGACCAGAAUACCGGAAUCGUACAGAGCUCAACUGGCUCCAACUACUUCGUCCGCAUCCUCUCCACGCUUGACCGCGAACUUCUCAAGCCAUCGUCGUCGGUGGCACUACACCGCCAUUCCAACUCUCUGGUCGACAUCCUGCCACCAGAGGCGGAUUCGUCGAUCGCGAUGCUGGGUGACCACGAGAAGCCCGACGUCAAAUACUCCGACGUAGGAGGCCUCGACAUGCAAAAGCAAGAGAUCCGCGAAGCGGUCGAGCUUCCGUUAACGCACUUCGACCUGUACAAGCAAAUCGGCAUCGACCCACCACGAGGCGUGCUGCUGUACGGGCCCCCAGGCACCGGCAAGACCAUGCUCGUCAAGGCCGUCGCGAACAGCACAACCGCCAAGUUCAUCCGCGUGGUCGGCUCCGAGUUCGUGCAGAAGUACCUCGGCGAAGGCCCGCGCAUGGUCAGAGACGUCUUCCGCAUGGCCAGAGAGAACUCGCCCGCGAUCAUCUUCAUCGACGAGAUCGACGCUAUCGCUACAAAGCGCUUCGACGCCCAAACUGGUGCCGAUCGCGAGGUCCAGCGUAUCCUCCUCGAGCUGCUGAACCAGAUGGACGGCUUUGACCAGACCUCCAACGUCAAAGUAAUCAUGGCGACCAACCGCGCCGACACUUUGGACCCAGCCCUGCUGCGUCCCGGCCGUCUAGACCGCAAGAUCGAAUUCCCGAACCUCCGGGACCGCCGCGAGCGGCGCCUGAUCUUUACGACGAUCGCCAGCAAGAUGUCGUUGUCACCCGAAGUCGACCUAGACAGUCUGAUCAUCCGCAACGAGCCGCUGUCGGGCGCCAUCAUUGCCGCGAUCAUGCAGGAGGCUGGGCUCCGCGCCGUCCGUAAAAACCGAUACAAUAUCAUCCAGGCUGACCUCGAGGACGCUUACAGCUCCCAGGUCAAGGUCGGGAAUGAGGCCGAAAAGUUUGAUUUUUACCGUUAGAUAUUAUUGCUACCGUGGGUGUGGAAUUGAAUUGCUUGCUUGGUUGGUUUUGCUUUACGGUACUUUCGUGCGAUGGGCCUAAAUGGAUGGGAUGGGAGGUGGGUAGGUAGGCGAUAGUGUGUACAAGCUGAAAUGGAAAGGCAUUUGGGUUUGCGGUUGCAGUUUGCAGUUACAUCAUACUGCAAUUGAUGCGGUGUGGUUCGACACUAAUUUCAAUAUACGUAUUUUUGCCUACAGAUCCUCCUGUCUCGGAAUCGCCAUCGUCAUCGACAUCUCUCCAUCAUCAUCACCUCCACUACAUAACAAU